AUGAGUCACAUCUCUUUCUUUGCACUUAUUUAUUGUAUAAUAUUAAAAUCUAUAAUUGAAUAUGAGUCUGUUAUAUUGAAAUAAAUUUAGAUAUUAAUUCAUUAAUUGAUGGAGAACAUUUAGGAUUUGAAAACCUUGAUAGGGCAUAAUUUUAAUGCAGUCAAUUUUAGUAAAUAUAUGAUAAACAAUGACUACUCAGAUGUCGAUUAAUUAAUUAAGGAUUGUCAAUUAGAGAGUUCAGGUCAAAGAUUCAAUAUCUGGAGACUCUUCCUUAGAAUAUAUUCAAAAGAAGAUUCAUUUACUUAAAAAAUAGAAAAGUUAACUAAACUGCGAGAUAAUUAUAAAGCAUUAGAAAAUAGACAUUUGAAAACAUCUGGUGCAUCAACUCAAAAUCAAGUUGAAGAGCCAACUAAAAAGGGACCACUCGGAGGUCCUCUUGGAGGUCCCUUAGGAGGUGGCAAAUAAAAAUAAUAGUCCUCUAAUGCAAUUGAUAAUGCAGAACUAAGAAAUGAAAUCAGAAAAGAUGUUGAAAGAACAUAUCAGGAGUUUGAGUUCUUCUCUUCAAAACGAGUUUAACAAAUACUUACUACAAUAUUGUUUAUCUGGUGUAAAGAGAAUAGUGAAAUAUCGUAUAGAUAAGGAAUGAAUGAGAUUGCUGCUUCAUUAAUUUAUAUAUAUACUAAAGAGGCAUUGCACAAGGAAGAAGUCGAAAAAUACGAAGAAGAAAUAAAUAUACUUUUGUAAUUUAACUCUUGGGAGUAUGCUGAACCAGAUAUUUAUUCCUUAUUCACUGCCUUAAUGAAUGAUGCUUAGCAUAUGGAGAUGUUUAGACCUAAUUACACAGAUUAAUAAAAAAUUAAGCUUUAAAGUAAGAAACCAAGUGCAAUUUUGACGAGAGUUGCAAAAUUACAGGACAUUCUAUUAAAAUAAGUGGAUUUACCCUUAUUUCGACAUCUGAAGCUACUUCAAGUUGAAUUCCAAAUCUUUCUGUUAAAAUGGAUGAGAUGUAUGUUUACUAGAGAAUUAUCAUUAAUAGAAUCCUUUCAUGCAUGGGAUGCUAUUUUUUAGGAUUUCUUAGUAUAAUAGUGUGAUUCAUUAUUCUUUGUAGACUGUAUAGCUAUUGCUAUGAUAAUUUAUUUAAAAAAUCAAUUAAUGGAAAGUGAAGAAUCAAGUUAAUGUUAUCAAAGAUUCUUGAAAUUCCCAAAAAUUACCAACCUUUCUAGCUUAUUAGAUACAGCAACAUAAAUAAGAAGUAUAUUGAUAUCUUAAAGGUCAUCUAAUAACUUGGAAGAUAACAUUGAAGGAAUAGAAAAACAGGAAAGAUUAAUCAAUCCUGCAUUUUUUGUCCCUGAUAAAGUAGAUACUGAUCCUAAAGCUUAACAAGAUAAAAAUAAAAGUAAAGAAUAGCCUAAAUAAACAUAAUAAUAAUAAUAAGUUACAAAAAAUGAAGAAGAACAAUCUUAAUCACCAUAAUCAUAAAUUGUUGAAAAAUAGCCUGUGAAAUAGUAAGAGUAACAAUACGUAUUCUUUGAUGACAAGAUCAUGUAAUCAAACACUAAGGCAUAAAAGUCGUAGUUUGUUGUUGAAGAAAAAGUAUAAUAAAGAGAAUAAAAUUAAAAUAAGGAAGAGAAGUAAAUGAAAAUUAAAUUAUCCAUAUAACAAGUUUAGGAUAUAUGUAUAACAAUAGAUGAAGCCUUUAAUGCGAUUAAAAAGAGCAAUGAUAGUUAAAAUCAUUAGGAAUUAAUCAUCAGUUUAGCUGAAAUUAAAUAGUAUCUGAGUAAAUAAAUAAGUGAAGCUGAAGCAAAUUCAGGGAAUUCAUAAGAGGAAGGAUAAAAAAGUAGAAAUAGUGGAUUUGUAAUAAAGAAAUCAAUCACAGGUUAGUAAUUACCCCAAGAAGAUAAUGGAAUUAAAAGCAAAAUGACAGAUUUCUUUAAAAAAAAGUGGUGA